CGAAUGUGACUCUUACCGACGCGUAGCGUAAGCAAUAUCACGUUUUAUUUUAUCUUCUACUUCUACAUGUAUGAUGUACGUAUGUAGUUUUUAAUAUUUAAAUUUUUCCUUUACUAAUCAUUCAUCAUUUAUUCUUCGUCACACGUUCAACCAAUCUUUCUCUUUCUCUUUCUCAAUAAUCUUCCAUCCUUCACACUAUCAAUCAAACCUCAGAAAUGCCCAUCCACCACUCCCCCCUCUUCCCCACCCUCACCCUCCCCUCCUCCAAUCCCCACCACCAAAAUCUAAUCCUCACCCGUCCGCGCACCAGCGAUGCAAAAGCCACCAUCCCCGCCUUCGCCAAUCCCGCCAUCUACCUGAAUCUAACCGGUCCUCCAUUUCCCUACACACAGGAUGAUUUCGAUUCCUUCUUCAACGAGGUACUGGAUAAGAAUUCUCGAGUUGCGGCUGCGGAGUUAUGGGACGCGACGAGUGCGAAGGAGGAUGGGUCACCAGUGCAGAAAUGGGUGGGCGCGGUUCCUUUUCCGAGUAUUAGGGAAGCGAGGGUGGGGGAGGAGGGAGAGAGGAUAGAGGAGUUUAUUGGGCAGAUAGAGAUUAGGAGGAGGGGGUUUGUGACGACCAUAGAUGAUGUGGAGAGGAAGAAGUUGGCGAAGGAAAAUGCGGAUAGAAAGACGGGGGAUCCGGGGAUUGAAUGGGAGAUUGGUUUCUGGCUCCUCCCCUCUCACCACGGCCGCGCCAUCAUGCCUGUUGUUCUGCAAACCCUCAUUUCGGAAUUUUUCAUCCCGUAUAUGAAUUUGAAUUUCUUGACGGGUGAAUACUUGGAGUUCAAUAAAGCGAGUAAAAGAGUUUUUGAAAAAUGUGGAUUUGUAGAUGAGGGAAUUACAGAUGGGGUGGAGGCGGUCCAUGAAGGGAAGUGGGGAGCAUUGGGCGCGCUGUUAGAAAACUUGAAGAUUAAUGGGGACGACGAAAUAUGGGAGAAAGCCCAGAGAGAGGGCUGGUUGAGGGGAGAGAAGGUGGGGGUGGGAAGCUUGAGAUGGGGCAGAGAGGGGGGUGUGAAGGAGAAAGAAGACGGAAAGAAAGAGAAUGGCAAGAUCGUCGAAUGA